AUGAGUGGCCUUGAAAAAUCGCUAUUCCAGCUCAAGUUUACAGCCAAGUCGAUGCAACGACUUGCGAAUAAAGCGAGCCGCGACGAAGUAUUGGAGAAGAGCAAACUGAAAAAGGCGCUUGCGCAGGAUAAUGUGGAAGGUGCACGUAUAUAUGCAGCGAACUCGAUUCGAAAAAAGAACGAGUCGCUAAAUUUGUUGCGCCUGAGCAGCCGCAUUGACGCGGUGAGCAGUCGCGUGGAAACGGCCGUAGCGAUGCGGCAAGUGACUGGGAAUAUGGCAUCGGUCGUCAAAGGCCUAGACAAGGCGAUGCAGUCGAUGGAUUUGGAGCGCAUUUCCAUGGUCAUGGAUAAAUUUGAAAACCAGCUAGAGGAUGUGGAUGUGCAGACAUCCUACAUGGAGUCUACUAUGGGCUCUGCGACGGCAACAGGCAUGCCGCAAGACGAAGUUGACACACUUAUGCAGCAGAUUGCCGAUCAAAAUGGCAUUGAAAUGCAUCAGCAGCUGGGCAACUCGGCCCUUCAAGGCAAAGUCGCCGAUCUUUCCGGAGAACCACAGCGGAAUGCACCGCUUCCUAAUGCCGAUCAGGACGACGCACUAGCCCAGCGGCUACGUGCCUUGCGACCUGCGACAUGA